AUAAGAAGUAUCUUAUAUAUAUCCACCGGUCUUAUAUUUUUUCCCAUCGUUAUGUUGCAUAUAUUUAUAGUUAUACUCACCACCCAUAUACUAGAUCCGGAUAGAGUAGUCCGUGGACAAGCUAAUACAAAGCGAGAGUAGAUAUACCCGAGAACCAAACAGUUCCAAUUACCGCGUUAAGAAACGAAUAAUAUCCCAUAAUAAUACGAUCCUAGAGAGAGUGAUAGUAUAUAAAUAAAAAGAGGGAGAAGAGAUAGCUAGCUUCUCUGGUUCAUCAAUGGCAGAAGAAAAGCAGCUGACGAAGAUAGAAGAGGCGUUCAACGAUCUCGCCGCAACGUUGAAAUCCGGAGCCGUGGAUGUGGAAGUUGCACCCUUCUCUCGAGCGUGCUCUUUUGUCUCUCCGCUCUUCGGGUGCUUAGGUAUGGCUUUCAAGUUCGCCGAGAUGGACUACGUCAACAAGGUGAAUGAUCUCGCGGCGGCGUCGAAGUCGAAUGUGACUUUACCGGCUUUGAUCGAUCGUGAUAUUGAAGCGAAUUGCGUAAGGAAUGCCGGCAGUCAUACCAGGAAUUUGUUGAGAGUGAAGCGUGGUCUUCACAUGGUCAAGGAACUUUUCGAGCGAAUUCUUGCUUCAGAAAGCAAUUCUCUUAAGGAUCCUGCUUCCAAGGCAUAUGCAAAGGUAUUUGCUCCCCACCACGGUUGGGCUAUAAGACAAGCUGUUGCUGCAGGGAUGUAUUGCCUACCUACUAGAGAGCAACUGAUGAAGAAACUUAAUGAAGAUCAUGCCUCAGCAAAGAUUAAAAUGCAAAACUACAUUACUGCGUCUGACCAUGUAAUUCUGUACAUCGAGAAACUUUUCAAUUCAAGAAACUUGGGUUUGGAUUGGUAAAAUGUGGAUUCUGUUUAAAAUUAUUAUUAUUAUUAUUAGUGUUAUGCCACUGAAAUAAAAAAACUCUAUUGGCAAUUGAAAUUCCCCAUAAGUUUAUAUAUUUCGGCAAAAUAUUGUAUAUUCUGAUAAGUAGUGCUGCUGAUGCGAUGGGAGUUGGAAUUUUGAUGAUGCCAUACCUCGUUGCUGAAUAUCUUAUUUUAAUAACUUUGGAGUUUCAUUAUCA